AUGACACCAGACUUCAGAAUGAUUGUCAAUGGUGCAACUGGUGGAACCAUAGGAAAGAAGACAGCAGCUGAAACCUUAGAGCUGAUUGAUUUUAUGGCAAGGAAUGAGAAUGCGUCUAUGGCAGCCCAAUCUGUUCAGUCAAAGAAAGGACUUAUACAACUGGGGAACAAUGAUGCGUCAUUAGCUGAGCAGAAGAUGAUCUCUCAACAGCUAGCCAGUAUGAAUGCCAAGCUAGAUAAGAUGCAAGUCUCAACAGCUCAAGUUAAUUUACUUAACUGUGAGUACUGCAAAGGGGAGCAUGAGACUAAUGAGUGCCCAACACUCAUAAGAGCUGAACCGUUCCAGGUCAAUGGAGUUUGGUAUGAUCCAAGGCCACCACAGAAUACCCAAAGCUUUCAAAGGAAUCAGAAUGGUGCCCAGGAAAGCAACUUUCAAAGGAAAAAUCAAGGGGGAUGUUUGGAUUAUAAAUCCAACAAUUACCUGCAUCCUCCUCCCCUUCCACAUAAAAAGCCAUCAGAAUUGGAGAAAGCAAUGUUGCAGCUUUCUAAGACCAUCAAUGAUCACAUUCAGAAUACUGAUGUCUUCAUGAAUGAAACAAGAGCUUACCAUAAGAACCAAUAUGCUUCCAUCCGGAACUUGGAGACUCAAAUUGGCCAACUUUCAAGACAACUAGCUGAGAUGAGUCAAGAAAGGAGCAAUGCAGUGUCAAAGGAGCAAUGCAAUGUUAUCACUACAAGGAAUGAAGAGCUAGAAAAAGAGGAAGUUGAAGUUUCUACAAGAAAGGAUGAACAAGCUCAAAAGGAUAAAGAAGAAGCAAAUGAUCCAACCCCCUUGGCACUAGCUUGGUGUUGUUGA